AUGGAUGAUAAGGUCCUGGCGGGUGGAGAGGGAGGUGGGCAGAGCAAGGCCAAACAUCUCCAAACAUGUCAGCACAGCACAUUGGACAGCACAGCCCUGCCCUCAGAACCAAACCUCAAGAUCAACAAGGGCAAACCUGUUUUGUCUUUGCCCCCAAUAGCAACCUGUUGUCAUUUACCGAAGGACAGUCUUUCCCAGUUGCAGGCCUUUCUGAGUCAGUUUCUCUCCACGAUGAACCUGACCGAGCUGAGGCCCCAGCCCAGGCCUCUGCCUGCCCGCAGGCAGCCCCCAGAGUACAUGCUGGAGCUGUACGACCGCUUUGCCAACGACCGCACGGCUGUUCCCUCAGCCAACGUCGUUCGCAGUUUCAAGAAUGAAGAUUCCUCCCCCUACAGCAUAACAACAAGGGGUGUACGGAUACAUCCCCUGCUGUUCAACAUCUCCAUGCACCACCAUGAGCACAUCACCAUAGCUGAGCUCCGCCUUUUCACCCUGUUCCAGAAGGCCCAAAGACCAAAUGCCGGCAUUGACUGCAAGGUGACCAUUUACAAAAUACACGAGGGCGUUUUUUGGACUAAAGAGGUGGGGAAAGAAGGGAGAAGGAGGGAUAAAGAAGAGGUGGUGGAGAUGAAGGAUUUUGAGGAACUGGUGACAAAGCAUUUUCGUGCCAAAGAUAAGAGCUGGGUGUCGUUUGACCUGACUCAUGCGGUUGCACCCUGGCGGAAGUCGUUGGGGUUUGCUACUCACAGUCUGGAGGUACAUAUUGCAUGUCUUGGGUCAGAAGAGGAAGGGGUCACUCAAGAGGUCACGGAGCAGGACGAGAGAUUGGUUGGGGUGGAUAUCGACAGGAGUUUGGAGGGGAAACACAAUGCGGUGAUGAUUGUAUUCUCAGAUGAUCAAAUCGGAGAUCGCAAGCAGGAUAAACAAGAGCUCAACCAGAUGAUCGAACAUGAGAAUGACCUUCCUGAUAAUGUAGGCCGAAGCCAACCAGCUUUCUGGGGGAACCACAAUGCCGGCCACGCUAUUCAGGACGAGCUGGACAAACAGUCUAUCAUGCAACUGCAGUCCAACCUUAUCUAUGACACACCUCCCCGAAUCCGUCGCAAUGUUAAGAGCGAGCCAUGCAAGAGGACCCCACUCUUUGUGGAUUUUAAAGACAUUGGCUGGGACACGUGGAUCAUCCAGCCUGUGGGCUAUGAGGCGUAUGAGUGCAACGGCGUGUGCAACCCCCCUAUGACCUCCGAGGUCUCGCCUACCAAACAUGCCAUAGUGCAGACACUGCUGAGUGUUAAGAGUCCGGAGAGGGCAUCGCGUGCCUGCUGUGUACCCACUAAGUUGGAGUCAAUUCCACUCCUUUAUCACGAUAACGGAGUGGUCACUUUCAACCACAAGUAUGAGGGAAUGGUGGUGGCAGAGUGUGGCUGUAGAUAG